CGUCAAUCAACAAAAACCAAGAAUUACGGGAAAUGGAUCAUGUCUCGACGCAGCAUCGACUCGAGAGGGGGACCAAACUCCUCGCCCACAACCGAAUCGACCUCGUCGCAGUGAAACCAUGGCGUCAGGAGGUGGCGUCCAAGUCGAAGGAGAAGCUGCUGAGCUUCAUCCGCUGCGGAUCCGUGUGUCCACGCCCGCAUCUCCCGGUCCAGACAGUUUAGACACACCCGACGACUACUCUACACGAGGCACCAAGCGUCGGCGCGAGGAAGCCGCGCUGUUCCUGGAGAAAACGUACGAGCUACUGGAGCGCUGCCCACCGGAGCUGGCCAGCUGGACAGCCAAGGGCGACAGCUUCGUGGUCAAACAGCCCGCAGCGUUCGCCGAGCACGUGAUCCCCACGUACUUUAAGCACCGCAAGUUCAGUUCCUUCGUGCGACAGCUGAAUCUCUACGGAUUCCGCAAGGUACGCGCUACAUCCGCGUCGACUGUGGAGGACGCAGAGGAAGAGGACGCGAGUCCAAAGGAUUGGUGGGAGUUCCGUCAUGAACGGUUCGUUAGAGGCAGGAGAGACCUGCUCUGUGAGAUCAGGAGACGCUCUCCUAGUGAUGCAAGGGCGUCCACGCCACUGGCUGGGACUCCAGUGGAACGUGUUGAGUUCGAAGAACUAAGAGCCGAAGUGAGCGGUUUACGUGAGGAGAUGCACAAGAUGCAGAAAAGCAAUCAGCAACUCACUGGGUUGUUGCAAAACCUGUUGCAACGAUUUAGCGGGUCUGAGAAUGACGGAGGCAAAAGCGCGAACCGACAGGAGUACACUAAAACGCCGGGUUUUACCACCUCUCCUUCUGUAGCUCAGAGCCAACCCAGAUCCUUGCCGUCGAUAGCCUUACCCAGUCCAACAGCUAGUGCCAGUCUUAGUGGACCUCAACUAGCGUUACUACAGCUUCGUCAGGGUCAUCAACCGCAGGGUACACCACGUGAUAUCUUGACACCCCGCACUCCUGCUUCGGGGUCUUUUCACUUACGACCAGUACAGUCGUUGAUGGUUAAAGUGAGCCCCAGCAGUCGACCGACUCCGAGUCCUCGCCCCUACGUCGGCACUCCUUCAUACAGUCAACAGGAUCAACUCAACAGGAACCGCUGGUACCAAACCACUCCGCUUCAACCAUCUCCGACUGCAAACCGCUCGCCGGUAAAGCGUCUUCGCGUAGACUCCGCUACCUCCGUGUCGGAAUCUCAAUCUGGCUUCGGUCUCCGUUCCCCUGAGGACGUUGCAGUGCGUGAAUUAAGUCGUAUUGCCUCGGAGAUCCGCUCCGAGCUACUAGCUUGUAUCACUGCGCGUGUUACGGGCUUCUUACGUGUACACCGCGACCAGACAGACCCCACGCGUGAAGCUGAUGCUGAUGCAGUGGGCGAAGCUGUGGGCUCCGAUAUCCGGCAACAACUCGCUCUACUACAGGCAUCAACGACUACAACGGACCCAAAGCUCUUAGACGCCGAGACAACGUGUAUGUAUCGCGUGGAGAUUCUCAAAUUCAUCUCCCGCGAACUGCCUCGUGCUGUCCAAGAAGCUGUGGACAAGCGACUACCAGCACCGGAAAAGCUUAAGCAACGGCCAGCAAAAGACCGAUCGCUGCUUGCAUUGCUAGUGCAGAAGGCUCAGAAAGCUCUGGAGCGUCAAAUGCACACGGAGACUGCAGCAGUAAACACAGGACGUCGCUGAAAGGAGAGUAAUAUUUUGAUUAAAGUUUGACGAUGUACUUGUUAGAAUAGUAGUUGGGAGAGCGAGGUGUCGUCUUGUAGAGCGCGCGAUACUUCGGACAUUGACACACACGACGAGAGCUUUGUCGUCCAAAAUGUGCGAACGGACAUGGCAGCAGCGGAACGAGAGGCUUGUUUGCCAUUCUUGUUGCCUCCUUGCUUGACGAGUGCAUAGCAGUCGAGCGACAUAAGUCCCUUGACGCUGCCAGAGGCGAGCGCUGUGAUCACGUAGAGUAGCAGCUUGGCUUGUCGAGGUAGUUGCUUGAUUUGCUGGACAAUGGGAGACGACAGCAAUGACGUCGUGCUCUGGAACACGUCACGCAUCGUCACCUUGACUUGAAUCGGCUUCUCCAAGUUGCUACAGCGUUGAAGAGCAUGACGAGCUGAUUGCUGAAGUAAGCUGAUGGCUAGACGAGCGUCGCCAUCACGAGCUGCCACUUUUCUAGCGAUGAGUUCAAUUGCACGCGGCUCGAUGAACUUGUGCAUUUCUGUGUCGUCUGCGCUUGGUGGCAAUGCACGCUGCACGUAGCUCUGCAUAAUGAGCAGUAGCUUCUGGUGUGCAUACGAGCCGAAAACGACUCGAGGAACGUGCGAGUCAGUAGAACUAUCUCCAGUCAAAUGGACACGAGAGACUUGCUCGUACAUGUCGACACCGUUCAUGAUGCCCAAGAACUUGACACUAUGAGGUGCAACAGCAGCCCAUUGCACGAAGAAAUGGAGCACUUGUUUCACUGUCGGCUGCACACGCACAGGCAGACGCAGCAGUUGAUCCACUUCAUCCAGCACCACGACA